CACUGCUCAGCGGAAGAGCCGUGCCAAAUAGAUCCACCACUGCUCAGCGGAGGAGCCGUGCCCAAGAGAUCCACCACUGCUCAGCGGAGGAGCCCAAGAGAUCCACCACUGCUCAGCGGAGGAGCCGUGCCCAAGAGAUCCACCACUGCUCAACGGAGGAGCCGUGCCCAAGAGAUCCACCACUGCUCAGAGGAGGAGCCGUGCCCAAGAGAUCCACCACUGCUCAGCGGAGGAGCCGUGCCCAAGAGAUCCACCACUGCUCAGCGUACAAGUGAGAGCGACUCCUCCAUGUCUCUGAGCCCCGCGUCUUCCUCGGAUUUGACUCCGUCUUCUUCCUCGGCCUCAGCGGCCUCUGCUUCCCCUUCCACCUCUGGGACUUCCAUGGCCACUGCCGGGAGUGAUCCUGGAAAGGGGGAUCCUAGUGGAACUAAUGUCAAAAUGGAGGAUAUGCUGUGGUUACACAGAGCUGUCACUGUAUCCAAAAUCCUCAGGUGCUUGGGAUUCAAGGAGAAGCAUGGGAGACGUUUUCUGAAUGACACUGUAUCAGAAGCAGCCACUACUCUGAGUACCCCCUCUGUGUCCAGUCGUAUGCUGGUGAUCACAGGAAUUCCUCCGAGUACCUCCCUCAACACAGUCACCAAAUGCUGAUGAGCCUGGAAAAGGGAAACCUAAAAAGUCUCCAAGGGUCUCCAAAGAGAAAGUGGUUUGGGGAGUUGUAGAAAAGUAAAGAUAUUUUAUUUAUGGCAAUUAGGAACUUUGUGUAGUAAUGUUUACUCUAUUGUUUCCAUGGUAUUUGGAUCCAGGCCACAAUUAAAGGGUGAAGGUCAAAUUGCUAAAAUGUAACACAUGUAGGAAAUUCAUAUGCCUCCCUUUCAAUGAUAAAGAUGAAAAUAGCUCACAUGUUUUAGAUACUUUUUGGGUAUAGAAUAAAAGUAUAGUGUCUAUAGUUUACAAUGAUAUUAAGCAAGGUGCAUUUCAAGCGAAAAUUAUGCCUAGAAAUAUGAAUUGAAAAGAGCAUUCAUUUGGUUUGUUUACACUCUUUUUGCCGAGUGAAAGCUAUCCUGAGGUCAUGAUGUCAGAAGUUUAUUAAUAACAAGGGAAUUCCACAUUCAACGCCCCUAUUUCUGGAUGUGAAUAUUUAUCUGACACAUUGCUCUAUCAUGUCAAAGAUAUUUUGGAAGCAAAGACUUUUUAAAAAGUUACAAAGAAAAUAAAACACAUUUUUUUACUAUAUAAGUCUAUAUGUAAGCUAAUUGUGGU